ACGAGGAGGCCCCGGCCGGCCCCGCGGAGCGUCGCCGCAGCCCGGCCUUGAACGUAGUCACCCACAUAAUGGAUGCUCUCACCUUUUCCCCAAGUCCUGCUGAGUACAGGCCCCACCCUCAGUCACUGGGGUGCAGCAGCAAUAACCAGACUUGGUCCUGUCCUACUUGACACAUGGAUAAGCAAGACCCUAGAAUGGCAGUGCCACACCCAGUGCCCAGAUCCCAGGGGUCUGUGGCUUUUGAGGACGUGGCUGUGUACUUCACAAGGCUGGAGUGGAGUUGUCUAUCUCCUGAGCAGCGGACACUGUACAGAGAUGUGAUGCUGGAGAACUAUGGGCACUUGGCUUCUCUGGGCUUUCUUGCCAGCAAGCCAGCGCUGGUCGCCCUCCUGGAGCAAGGGGAGGAGCCUGGAGCCUUGAUUCUGCAAGCGGCCGUGGAGCAUGGGACCAAAGCCAGCCAAUGCCCAGAUUCCAGGAUGGAAGCCAGGAUCAAUGUUUCUUCUCUGAGGAGAGGGUCUGCUAAGUUGGCAGGCUUAUUAGGCAUGGUUUGGGGGUGCCUCCCCCAGAAGGACCCCAGGUUACCUGAAGUGACUGGCAGUCCUGAGAGCUGGUCAGAUAAGCGACUUCUCAAGCCCCAGGCCAACACAUUUCCAGGGGCUCUAGGAGGGCUACAGGGCCUGGAGCCAUCCUCCACCACUGCUCUGGGUGAGCGAGUGUACAGCUGCACUUGUGGCAAGGGGUUCAAAUACAGGUCACUGCUGCUUAGGCAUCAGGUCGUGCACACGGGGGCCAAGCCCUACCAGUGCACCGAGUGCGGUAAGGCCUUCAAGCAAAGCUCCAUCCUGCUGCGACACCAACUGAUCCACACCGAAGAGAAGCCCUACCAGUGUGGUGAGUGUGGAAAGGCCUUCCGGCAGAGCAUGCAGCUGACUGCACACCACAGAGUCCACACUCAGGAGAAGCCCUUUGAGUGUGGAGAGUGUGGCAAGGCCUUCAGCCGCAGCUCCCGGCUCCAGCAGCACCGGAAGUUCCACACAGGGGAGAAGCCCUUUGAGUGUAGUGAGUGCGGGAAGGCCUUCUGCCGCAGGUUCACCCUCACCGAGCACCACCGCAUCCACAGUGGGGAGAGGCCCUACACCUGCCUGCAGUGUGGACAGCGCUUUAUCCGCGGGUCCUCGCUCCUCAAACACCAUAGGCUGCACUCUGAGGAGAGGCCUCAUGAGGACGGUGGGUGUCCAAACCCUCUGCUGCUCAUGGCACAGAAGACACAGGCAGGGGAUAAGUGCUACCAGUGCCCUGUGUGCCACAAGACCUUCAAACACCACUCCCUGUUGCUCCUGCAUCAGAGACUGCACACAGGGGAGAAGCCGUUUGAGUGCAGGGAAUGUGGCAGAGCCUUUAGCCGGAAGUCAAACCUUACUCUGCACAUGAAGACACACAGCAAAGAGAAGCCCUUCUCGUGCACAGAAUGUGGCAAGGCUUUCCGCAGGAGCUACACGUUGAAUGAGCACUACCGACUCCACAGCGGUGAGAGGCCAUAUAGGUGCCACACCUGUGGGAGAGCCUGCAGCCGGCUGUCGGCCCUUAUCCAGCACCAGAAAGUACACUGCCAAGACUGCUCCCCCUUGGGCUCCCUUCUGAGGUGACCCCCGGCAGAGAAUCCAUCCUGGAGGGGCCCUACCUCCACCUCGAGCUCUGCUGCAGAUACCCAUUGCAGACUCA